AUGUCGAACACCCCCAACUCCUGGGAAGACGCUGCCGGCGAUGACGAUCUUGCGUCGCGUACCGGCAACAUGAAUCUGAACCAGCAGCCGCAGCAACAACAACAACAACAGCCUCAACAGCAGCAGUUCCGACCGACAGCUUCUUUCAAUCCCGCCGCCACUUUCACCCCGGGAGUACAAGCGUUCGUACCCGGCCAGCAGAGCUACUCGAACUACGGAUACGGCCAGCAGCAGCAACAGCAGCAGUUUAGCGGAUACCAGCAGUACCAAGGUUACGGACAGCCUCAACAGGGACAGUAUGAUCAGUACGCUCAGUACAGUGGUCAACAAGGACAGCAUCAGCAGUAUGCGCAGAACCAGGGUGGGUUCGCUGGUUACAACAACUACCAGCAGCAGCAGCCAUCGCAGCAGGCGUACAGACCACCCCACCUCCAGCAGCAGCAGCAACAGCAGCAGCAGCCACAGAAGCCGCAACAGCAGCAGGUCCCGCAGAUCGCGAAGCGUCCGGAUCCAGCCGCCGCUGCUCCUUCAGGUCCCGCAAAGGUCCUCACUAUCGGAGGUGACGGAGCGGCUUCGAAGCCCAAGGUGUUGACGAUCGGUGGUGAUGGCAGUGCGACUACGAAGGUUCUUACAAUUGGUGGUUCGGGUUCAUCCACACCAAAGAAGGAGGAGACUCCCGCGAAGAGCGCGCCCUCGUCGAAGCCCGAGGCUGGUUCGAAGGCCGCUGCCGCUAAAGCUGUGUCGAAGAGCGGUCCUCCCAGUGGAAAGACUAGCCCUUCGACCACUGACGGCCGUUCGUCUCCUGCUCGCACCACGGCGACCCCUACGGCUGCUGAGAAGGCGCAGCAGAAGCGGGAGGCUGAUGCCGUGUUGAAGGCACAGGAGGAGGAGGUCGACGAGCAGUUGAUUGACGAGCUGUAUGGAAAGGAACAUGUGAACUUGGUAUUUAUCGGCCACGUUGAUGCCGGAAAGUCCUCGCUCGGUGGUGCUAUCCUCUAUGCUACCGGUAUGGUGGACGAACGUACGAUGGAGAAGUUCAGGCGUGAGGCCAAGGAGGCUGGUCGAGAGUCCUGGUACCUGUCGUGGGCACUCGAUCUUACCCGUGAGGAGCGCGCGAAGGGAAAGACCGUCGAGGUUGGCCGAGCAUACUUCGAGACCGAGAAGCGCCGCUACACUGUACUUGAUGCCCCCGGCCACAAGAAUUACGUCCCGUCUAUGAUCGGUGGUGCCUCCCAAGCUGACGUCGGUAUCCUCGUCAUUUCAGCACGUAAGGGAGAGUACGAGACUGGGUUUGAGAAGGGAGGACAGACACGAGAGCACGCGGUGCUGGCAAAGACUCAGGGUGUCAGCAAGCUCGUCGUAGUUAUCAACAAGAUGGACGACCCUACCGUGGAGUGGAGCAAGGAGCGUUAUGAAGAAUGUACUACAAAGCUUGCCCAGUUUCUCAAGGCAACUGGGUACAACCCCAAGACUGAUGUCAUGUUCAUGCCUCUAUCGGCACUCACCGGCUUCGGUCUGAAAGACCGUAUUCCGAAGGGUGUUGCCGACUGGUACCAAGGGCCUUCACUCCUGGAAUACCUCGACAACAUGAAGGGACUCGAGCGCAAGCUGCGAGCACCAUUCAUGAUGCCCAUCUCCGGAAAGUACAAGGAUAUGGGAGUCGUCGUCGAGGGCAAGAUCGAGAGUGGAGUGAUUAAGAAGGGCAGCAACCUCCUCAUGAUGCCUGGGCGCACCCCUAUCGAAAUUGUCGCCAUCUAUUCCGAAUCGGAAGAGGAGUUGCCCAACGCCUCUUGUGGUGACCAGGUGCGACUCCGUGUGCGUGGUGCCGAGGAGGAGGAAAUUGUUCCUGGCUUCGUCUUCACCAGCCCCAAGAACCCUAUCCACUGCGUGUCCGCAUUCGAGGCACAGAUUCACAUUAUCGAGCUUAAGAGUAUUCUCACUGCCGGAUUCACCUGUGUCAUGCACGUGCAUACCACCGUGCAGGAGGUUACAUUUGCCGUCCUGCUCCACAAACUGGAGAAAGGAACCGGACGCAAGAGCAGGAAGCCACCGGCGUUCGCAUCAAAGGGACAAGCCAUCAUCGCGCGCCUUGAGAUGGCCGGACAAGUGCCCAUCGAGACAUAUGCCGAUCACCAGCAGCUAGGCCGAUUCACCCUACGUGACCAGGGACAGACCAUUGCUAUCGGAAAGGUCAUGAAGUUGCUUGAUCCUACCGAGUAA